CUAGUGCUUGUCAACUGUGUCAACAUUACUUUCUUGGUCUUUUCUUUGUUGCGGCACCUUUCAAAAUUUUCAGACAUUUAACUUUGAAGACCACAGCAGAAGUUAUACUGUUGUCAUAUUGAUUAUUAGGAGUACUUUUUUUUUAGCGUUUGUGUGGUUUUUUUUAGGUGAUUCAGAGCAACAAUCUAGCUAGCUAAUAACGUGACUAGCUAGUAUUUGCAUCCUUUUACGUUAACGUUGCGUGCUGCUGAAUUUGACCCAACUUUUACCGUUUAUAUAGCUAGCGAAACACACAUUGACGUUAUUGUGUUUUUUGAGUUCACGUCACGAUGCUGGCCACCUCCGUGUCAUGGCGGUGUCUUGGUAGACAGUGAUGUUAGGACUGACUGGUCUUUUCAGAGCAGUAACGUUACGCAGAGCCGUCUGCAGCGCCGCCGACGACAUGGCGAAGGGAAAGUUUUUCUACGCUGUCAAGAAGGGAUUCAAACCAGGGGUGUACAGUUCAUGGGAUGAAUGUAAGAGCCAGGUGGACAAAUUUCCAGCUGCCGCUUUCAAGAAGUUUGCAUCAGAGAAAGAUGCCUGGGCGUUCUUCAGAGGAGAGGAACCUUCUGCAGUACCAAAAGUGAAUAAAGUGGCUCAGAGUGUGGAGUCGGCCGCCGCUCUGCUUCCUAAAAGAGGCCCGGAGCCUCUGGAGUACAUCCCUCUUGGUAAGAAGAGAUGUCACUCAGACAAGGAGGUGGAGUCCCCUCCCAAACGAGUCAAACAGUCAGAAAGCUCGUCUUCAGAAAGCACAGACGGAUUCACCUACAUGGGUGACGCUGUGGUGUUUCACGGACGGUGCUUUCUCCAAAAACGGGGGCGGAAAGGAGCCCCGGGAGGAACGGAGGUACUGGGGACACAAAACCCCCCGCUGCUACAAAAUGUGUUGGGGCCUGAAAAGGGGGCUCCGGGCAAAAGAUUUUUUCACACAAAGCAAAUUCAAAUCAACGGUGUGACCAGCUGGGUGAAGAACUGGAAGCUGAACGGCUGGCGGCUGAAAUCUGGAGGUGAGAUCACAAACAAAGAGGACUUUGUGAAGCUGGACCGGCUGAACGCAGAGCUGGAGGUGGUCUGGAUGCAUAUUCCCGGUCACGCCGGCUACCGAGGCAACGAGGAGGCCGACAGGCUGUCGAGAGAAGGAGCAGUGAAGCCUUCAUAGCAGCGGGCGGAGACGAUGUCAGAGAUCUGCUGCAGGACUGGUCCUGUGUUCUCUGCUUUGAUACAGACGGUUGUUUUGUCUUUUCAACAAGCGUUUGUGGCUGAACUGGAAGAGGGAAGUCUGAGUUUUGUCUGUUAAAUGUUAAUUUUAAUUAUGUGUUUUGGCUCUGAAUAAAAUUUCUAUUUCAACCGGC